AUGAAAGAUCAUGUCAUGCACAAGGUUGGCGGUUGGAAAGACAGGGCAAACCUCAUUGAUACGAGUCGGUCCAUACAAGCCUUGGGUCAAAGAGGAAGGUGGACGGAGGCACUGGGGGUAUUCCUGAGUGCUGGCCACAACGCUCUGGAGUAUGACAUCGUAUUUCUGAACAUCCUGCUUGGCACGCUCUGCGCGCGUGGUGUUUGGCCUGCUGCGCUUGGGAUGCUUGCGGAGACGGUGGAUGUUUGCGGAUGGAAUACGCUGCUUCAAGGUUCUGGCCGUGCCCAAUCCUGGGCUUUUACGCUGGAUGCGCUUGAGCACAUGGCCUGCACGGUAGGAACCGACGAGACGAGCUUCAACACGGCGAUCGCAUCAGUGAAGGUGUGGCAACUCGCAGCGUCUAUUCUUGCAGAGAUGUCGCAGGCGAGACUUCGCAGCGAUGUGCUUGGUCACACUGCAGCCGUGUCGGCAUGCGUACCAAGUGAAGACGACGAAGCUCGUGAAACGUGGCGCCAAGCGGUGUCGCAGCUGGGCAGCAUGGCAGCAGCGAGCCUUUCGGCUAACCCGGUCACCUGGGGUGCUUGCAUCAGCAGCGCCCGGGCAGUGUGCUGGCGGCUGGCUUCUCAGCUGCUGCAGGACUUUUACUCUCACAAGCUCCGCUCCAAUGUCAUUCUGCUCUCCUCCGCAGCUGUCGCCAGCCAAAAAGGUGACCAAUGGCAAGCCGCGCUGGCGCUCCUGCAAGAGGUGAACCAGCAGGCCGCUCACUGCAGGGAACGGGACGGGGCUGAGAGCGGACGGUUCCAGGCGCGAGGGGGAGGUCAUCAAGCCAUGGCUUCUGCUGGCCUGGCAAUCUUGAAGCGGGAUGUUGCAGCCAGCAUUCUGCAAAAGAUGGAGGUGCCAGCCGCAGCCGAAACACUUGCUGAGAUGAAGACCACCGUUGCCGCCCAGCUCCUCUCCAAGAUGGUGGAGGACGACCAGCACGACAGAGCUGCCCAGAUCCUCGCGGAGAUGGGCAGCGGUGGCGCUGACAUCACGGCCGAGCUACGAGCGUCCACUGCUGGCUGGAUCUUUGCCCAACUGGAAGCUCCAGCUGCUGCCACAAUCAUCGGAGAGAUGGCCUAUGUUGGGGCAGGCCGCAUCUUGGCGGAAUUGGAGCCGAGCCAUGCCAUGCAGAUCUUGCUGGAGUUGGACACUGAGAAUGCGGCUUACGUGUUAGACGACAUGGACACCCCGCCCGCCGUGCGCGUUCUCGGCGCCAUGGAGCACGACCAAGCCGCGGCGCUGGCGGCUCAGAUGGUGCCGGACGCGGCGGCGCCGGUCUUCGCGCGGAUGGAGUACGACGACGCCGCGGGGAUCGUGGCCGAGAUGGGCCAUGAAGCAGCGGCGGGCGUGAUUCAAGAGAUGGAACCCGAUGCUGCGGCUGGCAUCUUGCACGAGAUGGAUCCAGCAGGGGCGGCGGAGGUCGUGGCUGUGAUGGACUAUGACGAUGGUGCCGCCUUCAUCCUCUCAGAGUUGGACCCUGAACCAGCUUCGAAGAUCGUAGCUGCGCUCGAGGAGAGCGUGGCAGCCGGCAUUAUGGCCGAAAUGGAAUUUGAGACUGCAGCUGCUAUUCUUCAGGAGAUGGCGUAUGACGCAGCUUCCAACGUAUUGGCCAAGAUGGAGCCGGCCACGGCGGCUGGGGCAGUGUCGCUGAUGGAAGCCGAACCAGCGGCUCACGUGAUGAUGGCGGCACAGUCCUACGCGAACGCCGCCAAGAUUGUCAGCAAGCUGACUGAGGAGUGCGCUGCAGAGGUGUUUUCUGAGAUGGAAGUGGAAGCAGCUGCCGGCAUAGCCAGCGAAAUGGAGUACGAGUCUGCGGCAAAUGGGCUUGCCUUGAUGCACGCAGAAGAUGCGGCGAAUCUCGUGUCGGCCGUGGAAUCUUAUGAAGAUGCCGCUGGAAUGCUGAGCGAAAUGGAAUACGAAGACGCAGCCGCCCUGGUUGCCCAUUUGGAUGCGUCCACUGCGGGGUACAUCCUGGGAGAGCUUGAGCAUGACAGCGCCAGUGGGAUCCUGGCUGAGAUGGACGCGCCAGCUGCUGGUGCUGCCCUUGCCUAUAUGGAGUAUGCUGAUGCUGCCGAGGCCCUUUGCAAGAUGGACACCGGGGCGGCAGAGGUGCUCGGCGCAAUGGAGUACGAAGAUGCGGCAGGGGUGAUCUCACAAGCGGGUGCGUCGGCUGCGGCUGGCAUCCUCGCUGACAUGGAGCAUGCGGCUGCUGGGGCUGUCCUGGCAGAGAUGGAGUACCAUGAGGCGGCGCCUAUCCUUGCAGCUAUGGAGGAAGAGACCGCUGGUGAAGUGGUGUCCGAAAUGGAAUAUGAUGCUACAGCUUACAUUUUGGGAGAGAUGGACUACGACAUCGCGGCCAACAUUCUGGCCAAAGUGGAGGCCUACCAUGGUGCCGGCAUUGUCGCAGAGAUGGAUUGUGGCGAAGCCGCGAGCGUUCUCAUGGCUGCACAGUCCUAUGCCAGCGCAGCAUGCAUCGUUGCAGAAAUGGAGGCCGUUGAUGCUGCAAAGGUUAUGGCAGAAAUGGAGGCUCCUGCAGCAGCUGGUGUGAUCGCCGAUCUCGAGUACAGCAAUUCAGCUGACAUUCUGUGCAAGCUGAAAGCUGACCUGGUGGCCGCCAUCGUGGCGGAGCUGGAGUACCACGACGCCGCCGGCAUCAUCGGCAGGCUCGACCUGGGCAGAGCUGUGGCUGUACUCAAGGGCGUGGACGCUGGCGGCGGCGAGGGCAUUCUGCAGGAGCUCGAAGAUCGGCACAUCUCAGAGCAGAUCCGCGCUCGCCUGGCAAAGCGACCUCGCAAAGCGUGAGAAAGCUGGGGGCCGGGCGUGCGGUCUAGGUGCCUUUCAUGUUUUAAGUACAUUCGCUUAGGUGUAGGUUCUACGCAUGCGUAGAGAGGCGAAGAAGUGAGUUUUAAAUCCCUUUUGGGACAUGCUGACUUGUCAAAGCACAAGUUCCAUGCCAACUUAGCCGAGUUGCAGAGCACAGGCCGAUUGACGUGGUUGGCACGCCGUUUGAACGUGGAGCGGCCACGUGGGCUCGAUGGCUUUACCAUUCUGCCUGUGGAGUGCAA